UUCUGGCAUAUCAUCAACGAUUUCGAAUCUCGCACUGGAAAAGAUUUCUGAAUAAUGUUCAUAAAGAGUGGCUCUGGAAAAGCUUACUGUCUGCAGAUGAUGAUAUGGAUUCAGGGUCUGCGGAUAAUAAACACCAGACAACAAGGCUUGUUCUUCAGGACAAGUACACUUGAAUCUCCCUUAUGGUGCAGAGUAUGCGAUUUUGCUGGCAAAAGCUUUGAAGAUUUCAGCACGCAUCUCAAGAGUGGAACACAUGGAUAUUGGGAGUGGGACUUAUGGGCUAGUAAGAAGAGAGUGGAUCGUACUUUCCCUGAAAACUUUGUAUGGGGUCGAUCAAAGUUGCGUUCAACUAGAAUACCCUUUUCACAACUUACCUUUAUUAUGUCAUUGUCAAAAAGAAACAAUGAAGGAAAAGUGCAAGAAGGAGAAGAAGCUGAAGGGACCCCUAACUGUGAACUAGACGGUGAAGAAGAAGAAGAGUACAAGGCUCAUGGGGUGGUUGUUCUUAUCUAA